AGGUGGGAGGUCAUGAGACAAGUGACCUCGUGGGGUCACUGCGAGUGGGUCAUGACGUCGUUUCCUUCCCGUCAUGCAAUGCCUGUAAUGUCCGCCAUUAUCGCCGACUGACAGUGAUAUUUAGGUAUAAGCUUACUUGUUUUGUGAAUUGCAUUGUUUUGAAAGGCAUUAUUGGAAUCAAAAUGUAAUGUAUGCCUCGGGAAGUGGUAUAUGACUCUUACGGAGUUGACUAUGUGUGCCUGAUUGAACCAUGUCGCUCAAGAGAGCCCCUGUUUUGAUUGUACGUGUUUGCUGCUAGACUCACGAGUCCGAGCAAAAUGGCUGACACAAGGGUUUGUGACGAUCCCAGUUUGCCAAAGAAAAAGAGCACGUUCAAAAUAACAAGUGUCACUAAACCUACUCGUGGUGGAAGCGGUGAGUUACAAAAUGACGCCGAUGGAGACAUGGAUAGUAUGGAUGAUCUGGACGAGAGUCAUACGGAAGACUUCAGCUCAGAAAUACUUGACAGCUCCAAAGCCACUGACAUAGAACAGGAUGCUGUGCUUACUCCAGAAGAGAUUUUCAAACCAGCAGAUGCCCAGUCUAGGUUCAGGGUAGUUAAAAUAGAAACUAAAGAGCCAUUUCGUCGUGGUAGAUGGCUGUGUCAUGACUUUUUAGACACACAACCAGCUUCGGAAAAGUCAGAGGUAAAACAUGCUGAUGAAAUACACGUUCAUUCUGGUACAAAUAGUGCCAAUAGUUCCAUGCAUUAUGUGCAUGGGGUGGAUGAUCCUUCAAGGAACCCCCUCGCUGCUGGUGCCUUGGGAACUGUACAGCAUCUCUCUGAUGCUAGAUCUGCUAGUUUUUCUCCAAAUCCAGGUGAAACAUUUAAACCAAUCCAUCCAGCCCCCCAAGCUAGUCAAGCCCCUGCUAUGCCAGUAACCGCUAUUCCACCACAACGAAAAACUUCUGGUGUUGAUACAAUGAUACAAAAUCAGAACCAAACCAUAAAUGCUGGACAGCAGAUAGGUACAACUAUCCAACAAGGAAAUCCUCAAAUGCAACAGCCCAUGCACAUACCCGUCGCUUCACACCCAAACAUACAGCAAGUGCCCCAAGCUCAAACAAGUACAGCACCAAGCAUACCACAAACAGUAAUGGCUACAAACGUACAACCCUCAAUGCACGUACAUCAGAGCAUGGGGCAGAGUGUAAAUGUGCACGGCCAGGCAGGGAACGUGGGUGCAGGACAAGGUGGUAAGCAGCUACCCCCUAACCAUAUUGGCCAGGGUGUUAUGCAACCACAAUCAAUAGACCCUCACACACCACAAAGCCAGAACUUCCCCGCGAUGACAUCAAUGUCCAUUGAUCAGAUGUCGCAGGGCCAAGUUUCCCAGAAUCAACUGGCCCAGCAACAUUAUGGACAGGUAAAUCAGACUGGAAGUCACAGUAUUAAUGUCAGUGCUUCUCAGCAGAACCACGUUUCAAAUCCAGAUAAUCAACCUGACAGUGUACAUUCUCAGGUCCCCGAUAGUGGCCAGGGGGGGCAUCAGCAAGUGACGCAUGGACAGGAUGUUAACGCUUUAUCACGGCCAGGGUCCAUUUCCUUAACGAAUGACCAUGAUUCGAACAAGGACCUUAUGAGGGAUGUGGGAAAUGAUUCGUCGGGACCACAGGCUCUUCUGAGUCCCCUUGCUGCAGCAGUUAGUGGCAUGUCGCAGCCAGCUGACGAGAUCAAGGAUGAUAGGUGCAGGACUCUCAAUGCUAGUCUCCACGGUGGAUCCAGCACUGUGGCCAUCGACAACAAGAUUGAACAAGCUAUGGACUUGGUCAAGAGUCACCUGAUGUUCGCAGUCAGGGAGGAGGUCGAGGUCCUGAAGGAGCAGAUCAAGGACCUCAUGGAGAAGAUCGGCCAGCUCGAGUACGAGAAUGGGGUGCUCAAGGCCAAUGCCACGCAGGAGACGCUGUCGAAACUGAACCUGCCCAAACCCCAGCCUCCAUCCUCCUCAUCCUAGCAUACCCUGCCCAGCUUCCAUGAAUAUAGAAUCAUGCAUCCACCAAGUUCAGCUUGAUAGUUUCAAGCACAGCCUCACGCUGUUAGCUCACGCGUGAUCCAUGGGAUGGGAUACUUUGACUGCGCCCAGUCAACCUACUCCCCGCCCCCGCCGCGUGUGGAUUGGGAGCAUCAUUUUACCAGAACUGAUCAAUUUUCUGUGUUCGGAGAAUCAUAGAGAACUGUUCAUGAUAUCAUCAUCAUAUGGCUGGAUCACCAGAUGCCACGACCCGGAGCCGUUACAGAGCCUCCUGAACAGGAAGCAGCCCUUAGUCUGUGACUGUUUUAUCCGUGGUCCUUCACUAUACACACAGAUCCAAGCUUGGCCUUCCAUUUCUCUUACAGUACUCUCCAACUCCUUGAAAUCUUCAUUGGGACUUCUUUGGAAUCAUCCAUGUGACUUUACUUAGUCUUUUAUGAAAUAUGCUAAACAAGUAUCUUGACUUUUGACUUUUAACAUGUCUUGCUUUUCACUGUGUCGGACUUUUAUCUACUUCCUAUAGACUAUGCUGUUCAUCAUGAAGUGCUUUGAAAGAUCAGUGGUGACUUGUUGAAAGUAUUGCGAGGAUAUGGCGAGACUGCCUGUUGGCUGAUGUAAGGUCAAGGUCAUCAUCCUACACCUGUCUGACUGUGAUUGGUGGCAGUAGGUCAUGUGAGAGCAUGGCCUUCCUGCUGCGAUGUAGAACUCGUAGUUAGUGUCCAAUUAGUGGUCAGUAAUCAGCUGCCCAGCCAUGUCCAUCUGAGCUCCAACUGGUGGGGCUCUGUAAGGGUUGUGGAGGGGUUCCGUAGAGGAUGAAGCUAGGGGACACCAUGGGGGAGACAUGUGACAAAAGCGCCAUCGGUGUUGGCUCUGUGUACCAUGUGUAUCGGGCACUAUGUACCAUGUGUAUCGGGCACUAUGUACCAUGUGUAUCGGGCACUAUGUACCAUGUACAAGUCCUGUAUUGGGCAUCAUGUACCUGUUCUGUAAAGGGUUAAUGUCUCAUACCAUGUGCAUAUCCUGUAAUGGGUUAACAAAACACAGAGUACACUACAGAUUGACAUUCUGAUGAUGUCGUACAUCUUAUGCUGAUGCAAACCAAGCCGGAGGGUGAUGGUUGAAGUGAGAUAUGAGCUCAGAUGGACAUGGGUCUUACAGGGGCUGACCGCCCGUGAUCACCGAGUGCUUAUGUAUAUAUAGUGUAUUAUACCCUAGGCUGAUGUAUCACAAUGUAUGCAUUGCCUGUGCUGACUCAGCAUAAUUUGUAUUUUAUGCGAGAGUGUAUAUGUUUUAUAUUUCACACAGUGUGAUAUAAGCUUUGUGGAUGAUAACAAGCUUUAACCCCCUACGGUGACUGUAUAUUUCCAAUAAGACUUGUGAAUCUGUACAUAGAGAUUGUUCGUUGCAUAUUCUUACUGUUAUGACAGAUGUUCUCAUAUUUUCCUAUGUGAAACCAAGCGCCAGUAUGAGAUGGCUGAGACAUGCUCGUCGUGUCUUUGUAUGGACGAUGGUCAUUAAUUCCUGAUAAUGAAUAACAUUGUCAACGAAUAACAAUCCUACAAGUUGACAUGACAAUAGGUCCUAUGGCCACAGUGUCCAGACAUCUUGUAAUAAAUGACCAGGUAUAAUUGUACUGAUACUCAUAGCCUACUUCAUAUUUAUCCCUUAAGGAAUAUCUUUGUUGGGCAUUGCUAUUUUCCAAGGUGACGACUGAGGUAAGACUAGUCAUUAAGACAGGGCAGUGUGCUCUGUAGGACAUUCAACCCCGACAUUCAACCCCGACAUUCAACCCCGACAUUCAACCUCGACAUUCAACCCAGACAUUCAACCCCGACAUUCAAGCAGGUUCCUGGUGCUAGGAACCUCUGUAGUCUUUAUUCUUGGAGUGAAGUAAAACUAUAAUGCUAAGUACGAACGUCAAGGGGCCCUCGUCCCACCCUCAUGUUAUUAAACAAGACACAAUAUGGGUUAGGAUCCAUGGACAUAUGUCAGCUUCUAACACUGUACUGUGUAAGUUUAACACUUUGCAUUGUAAAAGGACACACCUCCUUCCGCUCUGAUACCAAAUUCAUUUAUUCCGAUCAAGGUUGAUAUGAGUUAUUGAGUGAUGUGAUGUGAGAGAGACAUGGUAACGACAUCUUCGAGACCAGAGGAUAACAAUGCAUUCCAAACCUGUGUGGGCGAUCCUUGUAUGCUAGAAUUGUCAUUCUUAGUAGAGGCUGAUGUUGGAUCGACCAGACAAUCACCUUCACUAUCGGUCUGCUUGACACCAAACUUUGGCCAACUUUGAUUGAGUGUUUUUGGUACCUUGCCAAAGACUUCUUCUAGAUUUCCCCCUUGACAUCCCUGUGAUCCUUGUCUUCGUCUUUUAUCCUUGGACGUCUUGUCCUGAGAUCACCUGCCACCAGAGUAUGACUGUGCACAGAGUUCCACAGAGCUCCACAGGGUUCCACAGGGUUCCACAGGGUUAUCACAACAGUUGAAUGGUGUGUCAUUCUUCUUGCUCCUGUAGCUCAGGCCCACUGGGACACUGCUUCAAUGACUGUUCUGUGCCAUGCACUGUUUAAUACCCUAUUCUUGAUCAACUUCUGGCCCAUUGGCCCCUGCCCAGUUAAAAUGUCAAAAGGGUUUGUCAAAAUUUCACCCCUUCUCCAUGCAUGUUUAAUUUUUUGAAUUGGACACUACCCUAAGUCAUGUAAUUUUGAUGAGAAAGUAGGGGCAAUGAGGUCUUGUGAAUGGUUAACUCAAAGAAAGAUAUAUGUGGAUCAUCUCGGUAGAAGGACAAUCUGCAUCGUGUAAUGUUGUGUACAACAACAUCUUUAUUUGGUCAUAAAUCGCCACGAGGUAAAUAGAAGCCAAGAUUUAAUCUCAGAGUGCAGGAAAAAAAUGUUUCAGGGGUGAGGAGAUCUAAAAUUUUCAGAGCCCCACAAGGUGGCUAUGUGACCUCGGGUUCAGCCGCUUCAUGGCCUCCACCAUUUAGUUCUAGGCCAGUUAGUUUGGAGCAAGCCCUGCUGGGUACACACAAAUUUGUAGUUAAAUCUUCCCCUGGUUAAUAUUCACUUUGCUAAUAAUCACCUGAAACAUGUACUCCGGAAUAUUUCUUGGACUCGAAGAACUGCCAGGCUGAUUGCUGUAACAUGUUUUCAAGGUAAAAUUAUCCAAAAUUGUGUUUUACAAAAAUCUUUUGUCAUUAUUUCGUGAUAUGAUCUACAAUUUUAUCAAAAUUAUAUUGAAAAAGGAAGUAAAUACUAUGUGAAUUGUUUUGAGAAAAAAUGUCAAAUUUUCAAAUGUGUUUGCGUGAAUGAGACGGGGUCAUGGUAACAAGUGACUGGACAAGAUGUGACACUGUUGGUGGUAAACCCGGACACACGUUUGUCCGGAGCAGUGAGACUGACGUGUCAGUAGAUGGAGAUAGUUCAUCAUCAGGUGUGGCAUGCUCCUAAAGAUACUUUUACUGCAGCCUGUACCGGGCUUGAAGAUUGAGAUAUGUAUAAAACUGUAAAUAUGUUGAUAAACGGACUUAAAUGUUUGUUUGAAUUGUAAAUGCUUCAAGUCAAUUGCUACAUGAAUAAAUAAACAAUGUUCAUUACAA